AUGGCCCUCUCUCGCCAUCACGCCGCUGUCUCCCGUCCGCUCAACGUCGAGGAAAUCACGCGCGAGGGCGACGCUUUCGAGUUCUCCACCCACAGAUCUCUGCAACAAUGGCUACGCGCGGCGAAAAUGCUCCUGAACGAGGCUGCCAUGUGCGAGGAGGACGGCAACUAUCAAAUGGCCUAUCUGUAUCGCUAUCGGCACUGUCAGCUGAUCUUGACCAAACUACCGGCCCAUCCCGAGUAUCGUGAUGAGCGCUACAAGGACGAAUUGGCGCGAGCUCGCAGGGAAGUGAUGAGCGGCCUCAAGAAAAUGGAAGCCUGGAAGCCACGGAUCAUCCAGGAGUACCAACGAUAUGUCAAGGCCAUGGAGCGGAGAAAUGCCGAGAGGCAGAGGGUCCAAGAAGAAUGUGACCAAUUUGCCAGGGGGAGUCAGGCGUUCGAUGGGUCUCGCAGAGGUUCACUUGCAUCUCUUGGUGGCGCUCAAUCGCUGAACGCCAACGAAAAUAGAGAAUUCGCCGUCGACUUGGCGGAGCGUGAGAUCAGACGGAGAGAUGCAAGCAGACGAUCCACCAAGCAGGCCGGCAUCUCUCCCUCCGUUGUAGCCUCACGGCGUCAAGGCUUCAUUGCCAACGACGUCCCAGGUGACGACUACAGCAGGACCAGUGAUGGCGUCCGAGAAGCCGGACGCUACCUCCAGCGAGAGCCCCAUCGAUCUUCCAGAGAUUACGAGCCUCAAUACCGUCAGCGGCCUUCUUCAUCAUACCACUACCCUACUGUCCCCCAAAGAGAAGCACGGAUGGAAUGGAACGAGUCGACCUGGCAACAUCCUCCACCCUCACGACCCCGUCAGGAGCCUCCGCCAGCUCGCCCAGCCAAGGAGUCUCUUUACGACUACCGAGCGACCGAACUCCCUAGUAGAGACGCGCCUGCUCUCCCACCCAAGUCGCGCUACUCCCCGCCGCCUCACUCGCCACCAACAGCUUCCCCCUCGCCCCCUCCAGCAUCCCACCAACCUUCAGGAGCAAAAUACACCUUCAAACCGACCGCCUUCACCGAAUCCGGCUCUCCCCUCCGAACAGUCCUCCUCCCUCCCGACCUUCGCACCGCAUUCCUCAACCUCGCGCACGAGAACACGCUCCGCAACCUGGAAACCUGCGGCAUCCUCUGCGCGACCCUCAUCUCCAACGCCCUCUUCAUCACCCACCUCAUCGUCCCGGACCAGACGUCCACCUCCGACACCUGCGACACCACCGAGGAAGGCGACAACGCCCUCUUCGACUUCUGCGACUCCCACAACCUCCUCGUCUGCGGCUGGAUCCACACCCACCCCUCGCAAUCCUGCUUCCUCAGCUCCCGCGACCUGCACACGAGUAGCGGGUACCAGGUCAUGCUCCCGGAAGCCAUUGCCAUUGUCUGCGCGCCGAGGUAUCUGCCCGACUGGGGCAUUUUCCGCUUGACGGAGCCGCCCGGGCUGGAGCAUAUCCUGGGUUGUGAGCAGAAGGGACUCUUUCAUCCGCAUGCGGAAGAGGAUUUGUAUACGGAUGCGCUGAGGCCGGGACAUGUGGUGGAAGGGCCCGGGUUGAAGUUUGAGGUUGUGGAUUUGAGGAUGUGA